AUUAUAAAGCCAAUCAAUUCCAUCAAUUUCCUUCACUUUGGUAUAAGAACUGCUCGAGUCUUCAGGUCAUCUUUUGUAAAAUUCACGAUUCAUUGUGUAUGAAAAUUUAUUCAAAUGUCUUCCCACACAACAGUUGUGGCAAUUUCCACACUUUUCGUGUGCAUCGCACUAACCGCUGGCCACGGUAUUAAUAGUUCAAAAUUGGUGACGGUGAAUGUAACUAGUACGCCGAAGUCUUUGGAAGACAUAUGUGUAACGAAGGACUGCAUUUUUACAGCGCAAAGGCUUCUCAAGAGCAUGAACUCUGAAGCUAAGCCAUGCGAUGAUUUCUAUGAAUUUGCAUGCGGAAAUUAUGCGAAGGCAUCCGGCCCGAUACCAGACUACGAGAAGCUCAAUGAUAUGAAUACAGAAAGUAAAUUGGAAGUGGAUUCGCGCCUGCAAAGGAUCAUAACAGACAUCGAUGAAUUAAAAGCACCGAAGGCCUUCGCAGACCUCAAAAUUUCUUACAAAAACUGCAUGAAAGGCGAAUGGAACGGAGAUCAUAGCAAAAAGUUGGCGGCAUACGUCGAAGACCAGAACGAAUGGCAAGCGAUUUUACAGUCGAAACAGAAUCUACGGUCAUUCAACAAAAAUUCGAUCUUCGAAUACUUAAUCAUGAUAAAAAAAAUCGUAAAUCCAAUGAACACGCGAUCCAAGGUUUUGCAGCUCUCGGUAGACUCUCCGGGCAUCCCCUGGAAUUAUUUUAAGGACGGCAUGUCCAGUGCAGCUGUUCAAGAAUAUCUGCAGUAUAUGAAAGAUGUUAUCGGAUACCUGGGUGUUGACGUAUCAAAGGCGGAGUCCGUUCUGCUGAAAAUUUUGUCGUUCGAAAUAGAACUAUCAAAAAUUAUUUCUGUGGAGAACGAGACCUACGAUAUUAACAGUAAAUACUCAAAAACGACCAUCGGGGAACUGGACAAAGAAUAUCCGCAUUGGAAACUGCUGGAGAUAUUUAACGGCUCGGAAGAAAAAGUGGUUGAGCUGGACGAGUACAUUUCUAUGGAUCGUCUUUCGAUGUUGGAAAAAUAUAUAUCCCGAAAGGCAAAGAAGCUUUUAUACAAUUGGCUAUCUUGGCGGAAAACGAUGACGAAACUCAGUUUAUCCGACGACUAUGUUAAGUACAAGAGGAAAGUCCUGCUACGCGGUCUUUAUGGAUUCCCACAGGGCCACUGGAGGGAAUGCGCUCAUAAAGUUUUCGCAGAGUCCCCAUUCUUAUUGGAUGUUUUGUAUUAUGGGAAAUACUUGAGCGACAACGUCGUGGAAGAUACAACCAAAAUAUUUACCGACCUGCAUAAAAAAUACAUCGAACUCAUCACAAAGGCUGAUUGGUUAAAAGAUAAGACGAAACAGCAUGCUCUCAAAAUAGUCGAAAAAAUCAAAAUCGACAUCAAUCGUUAUCAAAAACUUAUGCUCCAUGAGAAGUCCUACCCGUAUCACAGUGAAAAUGGAUUUCUAGACUGUUCGUUAGCAGAGAACCGAGUCAAUUUAACAAACAUCUUCGAAUAUUUCCCUAAGUAUCGAAGAAUCGAUGAUUCUGAAGAACAUUUAGGUUAUUUCGUUAAAAAUCAUGCCGGUUAUUCAUCGAUGGAAAAGUCUAUUGUUAUUGGCGCUCAAUAUUUCACCGAACUUUUUUACAACAUUGAUCGACCGAAAAGUCUCGUUUACGGAAGUUUUGGAUCAGUAAUCGGUCACGAAUUGGGACAUACCCUCGAUGACAAAAACAGGCACUUUGAUAUCACGGGGAUUCGUAAAUCAUGGUGGGAUUCCAAGAGUAAUGAAACAUACGUUAAUCUCACCCAAUGCCUCGUCAAGCAAUACAAACAAUACGGAUCUUAUGAGUUGGGACUCCACGUUAAUAGUUUCAAAACCCGGAAUGAAGAUGUCGCUGAUAACGUAGGCCUCAAGCUGGCAUACUCGGUGUAUGACGAGUGGACCAGGAGCAGAAAUAUCUCCGAAAAACAGUUACCCGGAUUGGAUUAUUCGGCGCGGCAAAUGUUCUGGAUCAGUUACGCUAAUUCCUGGUGCACGAACCUCCGACCCGAAGCUGAGCAAUAUGCAAUAAAAAACGGCAUUUACUCUCUGCCGAAAUUUCGGGUCAACAUACCGCUAUCGAAUAUGCCCGAAUUCGCGAAGGAUUUUCAAUGCAGUAAAGACUCUAAAAUGAACCCCAAAAAAAGAUGUCCCAUCUGGUGAAGAUCCAUGUCGCCACAUAUACGUUGUUCUAAACUGAUGAUUGAAGAAGUGCGUGAGUACUUCGUGAAAUUAAAUAGAACUGCAACGUCCUCAAAACGGUUGUGAUCGUUAAGGAAAACAAUUUUUGGAAGUUUUACAAAUAAAGAGUUAGAAACGCGGCCUUUCUCGUAGAGUUUGGAGCGAACUCACUUUUAUAAAUUAAACGUAAUUUGUUGAAAAAUGGACAAAAAAAAUUGUGAAUGAGUUCGAAGUCUUAAAUUGAAACUUUUUUCCUCUUAAAAUUUCAUUCCAAACCCGAUAUAAUUUUCGAGUUACAUUUCGAAUUAGCUUUGCGGAAAAAAAUUGUAGGGUACUUUUUAAAAAAACGAAAAUUAGAUAAACAGCCAUUAACGGAAGACGGUGCUGUUGCAAAUAGCGUGCCAGCUCAAAAAAAAACAUAAACAAUAUUACGAGGUGCGAAAAAGAAGCUCAAUUUGUCCGCUACAAAAUUACGUUUAUUUUAUUCGAUUUCGUUGAUUUUUGACUGACCUAUGAAACUUUUACUGUGGACACGGAAAUUUCGACAGGUAUAAACCCAAACGUUUGAGCGUAUGAGUGUAAAAGAUGUAUUCGAAGUUUGGGAAUAAAAAUAUUUUAUUGCCUUCCA